AUGCCUACCCUUUCUGUAUUCUUGGAUGUACCCCUUGCCCCGAUGAUAGUGGGCAAAUUACUGGAUGACUUCCACCAAGAUAAGAAUCCCAACAAGGUGUACCUGGCCUAUGAAGUUUGCAUGACAGGAAAUGAGAUUCCCUGGCUUUCACCCGUGGUUCCCAAGACCCUGAUGAAGCUUGCCCAUGAUCCUUCCUUCAGCUAUGAAUACCUGCCUGAGCAUGGCUUGGAAGCAUUCAUUCGUGUGGCCACAGAGCUACUUGUUGGCCGACAUAGCCCGGCCAUUGUGGAGAACAGGGUAGGGGGUGUGCACACUAUUGGUGGGAGUGGUGCCAUACGGCUUGGGGCAAAGUUCCUCAAGGAUUGGCAUCGGGGUCCCCGAGUGGUGUAUUUGCAGCCAUCGCAAAAGGAGCAAUAUGGACUCAUCUUCCAGGAAAUGGGCUUUAGUAUUCGUGAGUAUACCUUCUGGGAUCCCUAUCGGCUGGUUUCAGACACAGGCAAGCUUUUUGAUGUACUGGAGCGUGCCCCUGAAAGAAGCAUCCUUGUGCUAUACAACCCUGGGAGCUUCAUCCUGCCUCGAAAAAAAUGGAUGAAGUUGGCUAAAAUAAUGAAGAGAAAGCAGAUUUUCCUCUUUUUCGAUGUGCCGGAACAGGGCUUUAUCAGUGGCGACCCAGACCGAGACAACAAGAUUUUACGCUAUUUUGUGGCUCAAGGCUUUGAGUUCUUCUGCAGCCAGUGUCUUUGCAAUUGUUUUGGCCUCUAUGAUGCGCGUAUAAGCAACCUGGUCGUUGUGGCAAUGAGCAACAAGGCCUUACUGUGUAUUCGCUCCCAGCUGGACAUCUAUGCCCGGUAUUUGUGGAACAGCCCUCCUGCUUUGGGGUCAAGAGUGAUCACCACCAUUCUCAAUAACCCUGCCCUAAGGGUAGAGUGGAAGAAAAGUCUAAGAGGGGUGGUCGAGAACAUCAUGUUAACCAGGGAGAAAGUGAAGGAGAAGCUUCGACUACUGGGCACCCCAGGGUCCUGGGAACACAUCACAGAGCAAGACGGGAUGCACAGCUUCCUUGGCAUCAGUGUUGAUCAAGUGGACUACCUGGUCACAAAGAAGCAUGUCUACAUCCCCAAGACUGGACAGAUCAACCUCACCUGCAUCAACAGUCAGAAUAUUGACUACAUUGUCCAGAGCAUCAAUGAGGCCAUUCUUGCAAUAGGUCAGGGCCCACAGCCCAGGGAGCCACCACCCAAGGAUUCGGUGGUACCUGAGGAUUCAGAGCUCAAGUUUCCAAGGUUGAAGGGUGAAGGGACCAAGCUUUCAGGACUGGCUGCUUUGUUUCGGAGUAAAAAGUAA